CUGGUUAAAAGUCUCCUCACAUCCUGAUAGCAAUCACUGUGUUAAGUUGUUUAAAUGUAUUUGUAAAAAUUUAUGUCAUCUGUGAAAGGCGUAGGACCAAAAAAUGUUCAACAAAUCAUAGAUUUCGGUCCGAACGGACGUUUCCUUUUAUGUCCCUCAUAAGUAAGCGUAAUUUGAAUUCCCAUCGCGCAGCCAGUCCACGCAGAUACCAUACGUCAUCGGCGCGUUCACGUGCGCUCUGUCUGUAAACAGCGAGAACACCAAACUUUUCUGCUGAAUUGACAACCUACACAGGAGCAACAAAACUAAAUGCAUCUUUUAUAACAACAACAGCAAAAACUGCCUGAAUCAGCAAGAGCAAAAAUCCAAAUUAACAUCAGUAACUUUAGUGCUAUACCACGAGAUGAAAACAGCUGCAGGAGGCAAAGGGUCUGAAAGGGUCGUUGCACUGUUUAUUUUGGUAAGAUGGAGCCUCGCUUCAGGAGAUGGGCUGAUGGCAGCCUGAAUCUUUCGGACACACUGGAAGCAGCAAAGGUGAAGGAAGCCAACAAAGGAAAGCCUUACACAAGACCCCUGUCCCCGGAGGCUGUGCUGGACAAGGCCAAGAAAAGCUUAAGUCAGCACCAUGGAGAUCCAGCUAACAGAAAGCACCUGCUGGGUUUCUUUGAAAUCCAGUUUGGUAUCUUUCGUGGGCAAACAUUCAGGUGGGUGGCAGAAAAUGCACUAGGGUAUGCUGCUUACCUGGUUGCAUCUAUGAAGAGGGACACCACAGGAGGCAGCAAAGACUCCCAAGAACAUGCCCCACAACAAGGGGAGUUUCAGGGAGUAUAUUGAGCUCUUUCCUUCUGGCAAAAUUGCCAUUGCCAUGAAGGAAGAGCAGAAUGAUGCAAAAGCUUCCAAGCACGCUGCCCCUACUCAGCACGCUGCACCCACCCAGCAUGCUGCACCCACCCAGCAAGCUGCACCCACCCAGCACGCUGCCACCACCCAUGCUUCCACUGCCUCUCUACGCUCCCUCUUGGUUGGGAAGUUGCCUGACCAAAGAACCCUGACCAAGACCAUAAAAAGGAUGGUUUCCCCCAUCAAAACCACACCUUCUUUGGCCCAGGCACGUGCACGCCCCUCUGCCACCCUCACACACCCAACUGUGUCUAUUGAGGGAGCCACAGGGCCCACAGCCACCCUCACCUACCCGACUGUUUCCAUUGAAGCCGCCGCAGGGCCCUCAGCUACCCUAACCCACCCCUCUGUGUCUACUGAGAUAGAUGACAGCACACUGCUGGCAGAGGCAACUAUGUUUGAGGAGGCACAUGUGGCAUCACAACGAGUCUGUCUUCCAGCUGGAAGGAUACACACCCUGCCUGAAGUGGACCAAAGGUGGAUUUCCAAGGCCCUGUUCAGAUGGGCUGCACCAGGCCGUCCUGAGCUGAUCUAUAACAGGGUGGACAAACUUUAG